AUGUUCCGCUGGUUACUUACAGCCCUUUGUGUCCUCCUCUUCGGCCUCCAGGCGACAUGCGCCGCUAUCCCGACUUCGUCUACAAGUCUCAGUGAGGAGGCACGCCUCGAGCCCUCAGCUGGCCUAGAGGACCUAUCCACAACCCAAAAUGCACAGACGAGCAUACCUGCACUUCAGCACCACGGCGCAAAUGAUCAAAAAUUUGGCUUUCAAAGGAAGACCGAUUGGAGAAACGAUGAAGCCCUUAAGUUGCAGGCAGAACGUGAGGCGGGUUUUGUGGCGAGCUCUUUCAACGAUAAUGAAAUCCCAUUGCCUGACUUUUGGCCUUUGUUCAAGAUCAGUGUGGUCUCGGCCAUUGCUAUUGCCAUUUUGAAGGUCAUACGAGACAUUCGCAGAUGA